GGAAAUUACGACUUCUUUUGUGCUGGAGGUGUGAAACGGCAUCUCUCCAAAACAAGUUUUAGUGACACGUUGCAUUGUAAAUAAGUUCAUGAGAUUCACUUUAAAGAAUGUCAAAUUGGUGACAUCAUGGUGUGUUUGUGGUGACCCACAGAAGCUUGAUAGGGGCUUGUAUUACUUAAUAUUGUUGCAAGCACUUCUUUAAAGGCAUUUUAUUUCGUCUUUGUACUCGAUUGACUUUACCAGGUGUUGAAAUUACACUGUAGCAUUUUAAUAAUGCAGAUGAAGAGAUAAGGUAUGCGGGCGGUUUUGCCCUAGAAGAAGAAGAAGAAAGCUUUUUCAAGAUGGUGCUAUUUGCUUCAAUAUUUCGAGCUUCCGACGGAUUGCCAUUGGUGGCGUUGACAGAUUUUGAUGGUCAGAGGUCAAAUGUAAAACAUGCACAACGUUACGUGAAGUUGAUUUCAAAGAAACUGCAUCAGCUACCAGACAGAUGCACCCUGCAAAGUGACGACUAUGUGAUACAUUUUAUUACCAUUCCUCCUCAGAACAUCAGUGUGGUGACGGUACUUGAUGUCUCCUACCCCAGUGUGCUUGGUUUCUGUUUCCUGGAGGAGGUAGAGAAGGAGUUUAUAAAGCAGUAUGACAGCAGGCAAGUCAGUGCAGCAGUUAGACCUUACACCUUCAUGGAGUUUGGGUCCACAUUGCAGAGGCAGAAGCAGCGUUAUGGCAGCCCGCGGAGCCUGAACACCAGGGUUAACGUGGCUGACAUGAGUCAACAGUUAAAGAUGAUGCCUCCAUUCCAGAUAGCCGCUGAGGAUGUGGAGCCAACAUAUGGCGGAGUGCUUCACAAGAAUGACUAUGGACCAACUGUGACGCCUGUGGCACAGCUACGCCUCCCACUGGGGUGGCUGGGGAAACUGUCCGCCAUGUUGAAUGUGAUCUGUGCUGUCCUGAACUUAACCCGCGGCAUGUCAGUUAUCAACGAUGGUCACAUCCAUGUAGAUUUAACAGAGAUCAACUCUUUUGUAUAUGGUGCUGCGUUCAUGCUCACAAGUCUCUUCUGUAUAUAUCAGAUAUUCCUGCUGUAUACCCACUAUUCCUCCAUAUUUCAGAUAUUCCUGCUGUAUACCCACUAUUCCUCCAUAUUUCAGAUAUUCCUGCUGUAUACCCACUAUUCCUCCAUAUUUCAGAUAUUCCUGCUGUAUACCCACUCUCGCUGGAAGAAGUCCAAGACGUACGUGACCAGUAUACUGAUGUGUCUGUGUCAGCUGGUCACGUGGGAGCUGAGGAACCUCCUGCAGAUAGGGUUCCACUUCCUGGCAAAUCUUCUCAUUACUUUUAUCAUUCUGUAUAGACUCGGCUUGAAUAAAGUCCCGGAUUACCACGUUUAAAUAUAUCACUGUCAACAUGCUUUCAAAAAGAAAAAAAAAUGUCAUGUUCGUCUUUCAAUUAUUUUGCUAACCUUUUUUUAAGUACCCAGUAUGUGUAUACCUGUAUUUCAACAUGAUUUCUCAUUUAAUCAAAAAGAAAAUAAAAUGAA